AUGAUACUUAUAUAUUAUUUAAAUGCUGAUGAUUUAAACAAUACUAAAAGAGCAGACAUCAAUGUUGUACUUUUUAACCGCGUCCCAAAAACUGGUAGCGUUCAAUUGAUUGAAUUAAUGCGUAAUCUUGGUAAAGUUCACAAUUUUGACGUGGACGUUGAUCCGCAACAGGCUGGUAUACGGCCAUUAUUAGAUGAAUAUGAAGAAAGUGAUUUUAUUGAUAAUGUAGAAAAUAUAGAAGAUGGUAAUAUCUUUGUUAGCCAUGUAAAUUACUUGAAUUUUACCAAGUAUGAUAAACCUCGCCCAAUAUACAUAAAUAUGGUACGUGAUCCAGUGGAACGUGUUAUUAGUUGGUACUAUUAUAUAAGAGCACCUUGGAUUUUUGUACCAAAUAGACGUAAAAAUAACAGACCAAUGCCAAAUGCACAAUGGGUUAAUACCGAAUUCGAUCAAUGUGUAAUGAGUGGUGAAAAAGUUUGUACUUUUAUCGAAGGUUCAUUUUUAGAACGUGUUGGCGAUCAUAGACGUCAAACAUUAUUCUUUUGUGGUCAUAACGAACGUAAAUGCAUGCCCUUCAAUAGUCAAAUACCUCUAGAAAUUGCUAAGCGAAAUGUUGAAAAAGAGUAUGCAGUUGUUGGUACGUGGGAAGACACUAAUAUUACAUUAACUGUCUUGGAAAACUAUAUUCCUCAUUAUUUUAAGGGAGCCACAAAAAUGUAUUAUUCCGGACUGAAUAAUGAUAUACAAAACAGUAAUCCAAUGAAGCCAAUAAUUAGUGAGCACAUUAAAGAUCUUGUACGUAAAAAUUUCACGCGUGAAAUUGAAUUUUAUCAAUUCUGUCGGCAAAGAUUGCAUAAACAAUAUUUAGCGUUAAGACUUGAUGAUCUUAUGAAAGCUGACAAAACUUUGGGAGAAUUUAAUAACAUAGCGAGAGCUGUUAAACGCUAA